GUAACUUGUUCAUCAUGUCUGGCGACGGCCACACAAGUCCAAAGGCAGAUGCACUAGCAGGAAAUCGGCUCAGCUCGGACAUCGACGACGCGUUCGAGGACUGCGGAGACGACGACAGCACUUCGCUCGAGCUCGACUCCGCAGCAAUCCGGAAGCAGCUUCAGGAGAACUAUGCUCAGGACGGUCAAGAACAUGCUGAAACGGAAGCAGGCUCGUCCGUUCAUGGCCAGGAUACGUCUGUCUCUACCUUCUAUCUUGAUGGCUCCACCAGUGGCGACCCCAACUCUCGGCCACUUUCAUCUCUAGCACACUCCCCCGGAGGGCCUUACACUCCGGACGAGUUUAACAUUGAUUUCUCCAAAAUAUCUCUUUCCGAAGACCCUGCCGAGGUUGCACAGGAAGAUGACAGUCUAGAUGCGAAAGAGGAACCCCUUGAGCACGAACAAACUGUUGGCGACCAUGACCCGCGAGCAUCCCUCGCUUCUGAAUUGACAACCUCGGGCUCCGAAGACCGCGCAGGGAGUCCGAUCAGGUUUGCAACCGAGUCAGAGGAAGAAAGAUCGAUAAGUUCUGACGAUGUCACAUCUCUACCCCGAGAAGAAGAAAAGAGAGAGCCACCGCCCCAGCACCCUUCGGAUUCACAACCAGAGACACCAGGGGCUGCGGAUUCUACAAAGCACUCGUAUUCUUUAUCUCAACCGCCACCCUCAAAAACAUCUUCAAGCUCGGUGCCGAGACCAAAGCCAACGAGGUCUGCUGGUCCCAGCGCACUGCAAAAAGUCGUCAGUAGGACUCGUCCACCCUUCUUGCCUCCAAAGGACAAGAGAGAAGAUGAGAAGCAUCUCCAGGAUUGGGAGACCAUGAUGGCGCUCAGUCGUGUGGCAGAGGAGAAGCGGCGCAAGGCGCUUCAAGAACGUAGGGCAGCCCGCGAAGCCAGGAUCGAGCAGUCGAUACCGAUGUGGCAAAAGGAGAUCAUGCCAGAUUGGCGAGUAGUCAACAAGAAUCCCUCUCUGAGGAAACUCUGGUGGAAUGGUAUCCCUGCAAAACUGCGUGCGGAUCUCUGGCAGCGUGCUGUAGGGAACCCAUUAGCUCUGAGUCAAAGCAAUUAUGUUACUUGCCUGGCUCGAGCAAAGCGUGCUCUUACGUCCGGGGUCUUCCCUGCAGAUACGCUUGCUAGCAUGGAAGAGGAUAUCAUCACCACCCUUCCCGCACUUCACAUCUUCCAUCCAGACACAGGUCCUCUAUAUCAAGACCUCAAAGACAUGUUGUGCGCAUGGGUCGUUUCACGUGCAGACGAAGGACUUGGCUAUACGCAUGGGGCUGCCAAGAUCGCUGCGAUGUUCCUUCUCAAUAUGGCGCCACCGCAAGCAUUCACCACCAUGCGGAAUUUGCUUGAGAGGCAUUGUAUACGCUCAUUUUAUGGCGGUUCUGCCUCAAACGACGAUGUAGAAGCGUACUAUCGAAUUUUUGACACGCUCCUAGCAGAUGGAAUGCCGAAGAUUUAUUUCAACUUUAAACAGCAUCAUAUUUCCCCGGCGGUUUAUCUGCCUGAAUGGAUAAUACCGCUUUUCUUAGACCAUCUCCCGUUCGAGGCCUGUGCUAGGCUCUGGGAUGUGCUAUUACUGGAAGGUGACGCGUUCUUGUUCCGUGCUGCACUGGCCAUCUUGGCCGUGCUGGAGCCACGUCUGUUCUUUCCUGAACGACGCGAAUUGUUGGAGCUGCUGAGAGGCGAGAACAAAGCUGCACUCGAAGUAGCUAAACGCGACGGACGUCCCCUGAACGCCGGCAAAUACGAGAUUUAUGGCGUCGACGAAGAAACACUGUGGGAGCGGAUCGAGGGCAUGGACGAGUGGUGGCGGGAGAGCACGUGGAAACGACUCACUCAGCGGGAACUACCUGACUUAUGAGAAGCAUGGAGCAAAUGGACUUUAUGCCCGCACGUAUUUAUGUCGUCACCCCGCAUUAUCCUCGUCAUCCUCCGUACAGCUAUUGUAGAACGCAUACAUCUUCCGCCGAUUUGCAUCUCGCGUUACCUCCUCGCUUGCUACCGCGAAUAAUCUUUGGAGAAUCGAAGUCUUGAGCUCCCCGGUGUCCAGCGGUUGCGUUUCUCCACAACGUGCGCAGGAAUUGGACAAGAGUGACGGGUAGGAAGGUGAUGAUGUUGGUAGCUCUGUCCGUGGACGCUUCUGACCUGACGGCACGUGGGGUUGGAUUGGCUCUUUCAGUGCAGCGAUCAAAGGCUGGAACACGGUUUUUUCGACAUGUUUGUAAGUCAGUUUUGCUUGUGUGCCCGCUGCGAGGCUCAAGAAUGGGUUGAGGACGGCACAGAGCGGAGUCGGUGCUGAGAUGUCGUUGGCAGUGACAGUCAUUGCUUUUUCGAGUUCGUCGAGGUAGAUCUCAGAUAAAUGGAAAGUCAAGCUAGACGGGACCUUGAUGUCCGUGGGGCAGAGAGGACCACCGACGCCGGUCAGGAUGUCAGUGUAGAUUUUGUACGUAGACUCAUCCCAGUUUGUCCGGAUGAGGAGACGGAAGGAUGCGCUGACGAAACGCCGUACUAGCAUGUAGUACUUGUCCAUCCUGAGUCGAUCAAUACCGCUCCAUUCACGGACGGUCGUGAUCCAGAAGCCUCUGAGAAAGUUGAGGGAGGAAGAUGUAUCCUUUAUUGUGAGCAGCAACUCAGCUAGCUCAGAUGCUAGUGCUUGCUGCACGAGGGGUUUAUCUGACAUCCAGAAGCAGUAGAAUAUGCCCUUCCAGAGCUUUGCCAUCUCGACAUCUGGCAACGCAUCGCCGGAAUCAUUGGACAGGAAACCGGCGAGAUUUUUGACGGCCUUGUCUCGGACCUUCUUGUCGUUGGAGGCUAGAUAUUUGGCAAGCGGUGGGGCACCACCCUCGGCGGCGGAAGUGGC